ACUCAUUGUACUGUUGCAUUGGCCCCCGUAUGGUAAAUAUGUGCAUACGUGAAAUGCAUUCACGCGUGACCUUUUACUAAAGAUGGCGGAAGGAAUCCUGAGUGCUGAAGAAUUUGCAAGAAAUAUUUUAGAGUUUUUCCAAGUUUCUGAUCUCCUAAAAGAUGGCUGGGAGCUCCGAUACGAAGAGAAGCACGCUCAGCAGAGCUGCCCGUAUCUUGUUAAAAGGAACGUCCUGAGGGCAUUACAUAUCGCGGACGUUGGCGACGCGGGACGCCUUGAUGAGCAUUCAAGGACGGAAGGGGCCGGAAUGGAUGCGACUCUGAGGAAUAUGGAGGAGGAAGAGGGGGAAGGAGGAGACGGUGAUGAAGAUGUGGACGUAGCCAUGCCAGAUGGCCGGGCCGUGGUGGCAGCGUGCCGGUUUGACUACCAUAUUGUCUACAACCUCAGCUACAGCGUUCCCACCCUCUACUUCUCUGCUUGCCAUCAAGAUGGUAAGAUUUUGAGCCUUGAUGAAGUUUGGCAGUCAGUUCCGUCCCAUUACCAGAGAAGGCUACAGAGUGAACGCUGGACAUUUAUCACCCAGCAGGAGCAUCCAAUCCUUGGCCGUCCAUUUUACUGUCUUCAUCCUUGCCACACAGCCGACUUAAUGACCGCUGUCUUAAAAGCUACCUCCCAGACAUCUACAUCACACAGUAAUUAUUUAGUGACGUGGUUGAGCUCUGUUGGACCUGUGGUUGGACUCGCACUACCUUUAGAGUAUGCCAAGUUGUGUGAGAAGAGGUGACACUUAGCAUUUGCCCAUUAUCUGCAUUGUGAAUUUAUUUGGUGGUCCAUGCAUACUUAUUGCUACAAAGAUGAGUUGGGUUGUGUUUACAUCGUUAACCCUCCUACUGAUAGAACUGUCACA